AUGCUGAGCGGCCUGCUCUUGCCCGAUCGAAACAACGAGCCGCUGAUCUGGGCGCAAUUCGGCGGAAUCUACCCGAUUGCCAACGGCCACCAAUUCGGCUUGCACAAUUUGCGCUACAAAUGGGUUCACUUUAUGACGAGGGAUAGCGCCGCCAUGAACAUCACCCCCGCUCCGUUUAUCUGGGAAUUCACAUUUCGCGGCGAAGACUUUUGUAUGAAAUCGAGCCUCGUCCUCCCCACCGUUGAGCAGCAGCGGUUGGCCGGCUGGACGCAGACGGCCGUCUGGUCGACGAUCGUGGGCCGCGUCCUGAUCGAAGAGGAAGUGCUUGACGGACUGCGCAACGAUCCAGGCUUCAAGCCCGACUACGCCUACGAAGGGCUACUGCGAUGGAAUCCGUCUUGCGAAGAAUUUCAAGUGCUCGACGGCCAAGAACUGACGCAUCACCCGGAUCAGGCGAGACGGGCCGAGCAGCUGCGACUCGUGCCGUGGAACCCGGACGCAUGCCGGCUGGAGCUGCGACGGGUGCGCGGCGUAAUCGUCAACCGUACACCAUUCGGCUCGUUUGUGGCCUGCGUCGAGGGCACUUUUCUGCUGAGCGCCUCUGCCUACCGCCAUGGUCACCACGCGCCGGAUAUGGGUGUUUUGAUAGACUGCUUGGUGAGACCCUACGCCAACGGUAAACGGAUCCAAGGCCAGGUGGUGGAAUACGAGGUGCUGCCCUUGCCUGGCGACAUGACACUCGUCUGGAAGCUUCCACAACGAGAAGCUAAGUAUCGUGCGGUCGUUGAGGUGCAGCCCGAUCGGAGUUUCCUGCAUCCGGUUUUUGGCAAGAUCAAGGAUAGCUUUCAUCGUCAGAGAAUCUGGAAAGCCGGCGAACGGCUAGACGUCGAGAUCGGCACCCAGAUUGGAGUCGUCGGACUUUUGGUACUCUCUGUGGUCAAGACGUGGGCGCCGCUUCUGCCUCCGCCUUCAUUCCCAAAAUCGGCCGCAUCGUCUGAUAAAGAUCACGAAGUACGCGAAGCCGCAGAAGCCUCCGGCUCACCCGAUGACGAUGCCCGAUCUGACACGCCUUCCUAUGCCCUGUGCGAUAUUUCAUCGGAUGUGACCUGGGAUGAGGCCGACGAGGCGCCAUCAGAAUUGCGAGACGAGAAGAGCCACGAGGCUCCUUGUGACGCGCCACGCGCCGGGACGCUUUCUGCGCAAUCGAAAGCACUGAUCGACUCGUUUUGUGCGCUCUCGAUGAAAGGUUCAGAUGACGUUGGAUCGCGUUGCCCGAAGAGUUCCGAGCUCACCGACGAGUACAAGAAGACGGCCACUCACCUGGUCGACUCGGAAAACAACGUCAACUGGAAUGCCGCUGACUACAUCGACUCGACGCCUGGAGCU